AUGCCACAAGCAAGUUCGGUGGCCAGCGACGACCUAGCGUCAACUGACGAGAUCAAAGUUUACAAAGACGAGGGGGAGGGAGAGGAUGAGAAGAGGUCGGAAAAUUUGAAUGAAGAAAAGAUGGGAUUGCUGACUGAAACAGAAGAGGCACUGCACAGACAACAACACAAACUGCUACACGACACACACCGAAUACACAACAACACAACUCUGCCGUCAUACUUCACAGAAAAAACACAAUACAUCCACAUGCAUCACAACAAAUAUAACACUCACGGUAAAUCUUCGGACAUCGAAAGUCAAGUAUGUUUCUCCCCAGAUGACAAAAAUAAUAUAUUCAACUCGUCAGGAGUGAAGAUGCCAGGGUUUUUUUUCAGAGACCACAUCCCCUUCGGUUACCCAUUCCUGCCGCCCUACCCCUACCCAACAUCAUCCCCACUCAACUCCACGAAUGAUUCAACCUCAUAUGUCUUUGACAUAUUUUUAUGUGUUAGAGAUUACAACCAGUUGCCCAAAUAA